ACAGGAACUUUCAGAUCCACCUGGGAGGAACCCGUGCAGAAAACCUCUCAAACCUGGGUUUAUGCAAUUUUUAUUCAAUUGUCAUUUUGAAGCAACAGCUGUGGGAGAAAUGACGGAGCAGAAGAACUUUGCAGAAGUUAUUGCACAGAUAUUUAAAGAGGCGCCUGCUGCCAGGAAAGAUCUGGCAGAUAAUCAGAGUAACCUCCUCCGAGUGGCAGAUUACUGCGAAAACAAUUACCUUCAGGCAGAAGAGGAUGCCCAGACUAUCGAUGAAGCCAAAGCUCUAGCGACCCAGGCUCUGGCCAGCGUCACCUACCAGAUCAACAGUCUGGCCAGUACCCUGCUGAGGCUGCUGGACUCCCAGGCCAUGCAGGUGAAAGAUAUGGAGUCCUCUGUCAACCUGCUGUCACUGGCGGUGGCCAUCCACUACGAGAAGGUAGCCAGGAGGGAGAUUGGUGUGUUUGCUUCACCAAAAAACAGGGUUCGUACCAAGCUUAUGACCCUCCCCCCCUCGGGAAAGGAGCCGGAGAAGAAGUAUGCCAGAGUGCCCAUAUCGUACUCUGUCUUGGACUCAGUUGGACACUGCUUUCAGGUAACUGAGCAGCCGAGAAAGAGAGCAGAAACCAUGGAGAGCAUAAAGAGCACAGCAGAAGCCCCUGUAACCAGUUUGGGCAUCGCUGUUCCUCCACCCUCCGUCCCCACCUUUCCGACCUCCUCCGAGGCUGGCGCUGACGUCCUGCCGCCUCCUCCAUCUGGUGGUGACCCCAGUAUGCUGGCUAAUCCUCCUCCGCCACCACCUCCCGCUCCCUCCAUGGAUACAGGCCUCCCUCCUCCUCCUCCUCCCCCACCCUUGAUGACCUCACCCACAACUUUCCCCUCACCUCCUCCUCCUCCUCCAUCAAGCAACUACCAGCCUCCGCCACCUCUGCUAUCAGGAGGCAUCUCCCCUCCACCUCCACCUCCACCUCCACCUCCUCCUCCGUCAGUUUUGGGGUCUCCCCUUCCUCCUCCCCCACCGCCUCCUCCCACUGGCAGCUCUGGUACGGUUCCACCACCUCCACCUCCACCCCCACCCCCACCCCCUCCCCUACAUUAGCAAAUGUUAUAGGUGAAGUUCACUAUGUUUUUCACAGUGGCUGUCCACAUAAAGCAGCAAAUAAUUCUGAUUCCUCCACUUGAUUAUUACGACAAUGAUUAAUAUAUUUCGGCUGCAACAAGUGAGCAGCUUCUUAUUUCUAAAACAACCACAUAACCCAGACAUAUCCCAUGGCUGUGGAGAAGAUGUGACUCAGAUGUGACUCAGAAUGCUCACAUUACAGGCCCGCAUCAGGCUAAAAC